UCAAGGCAGAAGCGCAAUCAUAAAAAAUGAAAUAAUGAAAAAAUCUGAACCAAUCAAAUAUGAUUUGAUUUUUGAUCAGUUAAACAGAAAAUUUUAUUUUUAACUAAAUUUUCUUACAUUUUUGUGAUUUAAAACUAAAAUAUUUUGUUUUUUUAGUGUUUUUAACGUCACAUUAAAUGUCUAUCAAAAUUUUUUGUCAAAAUUACCAAGUUCUCUUUUACAACUUUGAAAAACGUUCAUUUCUGUUUACCACAAGUAUAAAAGCAUCAUUCAAGCACCGUUUUACACAAUAAUAUAAUAUCCUUACGAAUAUAAUCUCGCUGCAAGCCGGAGAACAUGAAUUAAUUUGCAGCCGUUUGUAAUGCAAUGCCUUCUCCAGUCAACAGCGUACAUCAUCAGACAGCACACCAGUCUCACCCCUCUCAGGCCAUAGAUAACUCCAAGGAUCGAAAGACUGUCCUUGAGAGCCAUGGCUACUUUCUCGGCAAAACCAUCGGCUCAGGCUCCUAUGCCACGGUCAGGAUGGCGCACAGCGAGUUACACGGAGGAAAUGUAGCCAUUAAGAUCGUCAGCAAAUACACGGCACCCGAGGAUUAUUUGAAGAAGUUUCUACCGAGGGAAAUCGAGGUGGUCAAAGGAUUGAAACAUCCUAAUUUAAUUAGAUUCCUUCAGGCUAUUGAAACUACUCAUAGAGUUUACAUUGUGAUGGAAUAUGCUGAUAAUGGCAGUUUACUGGACAUUAUUCGGAAGGAAUCUUACAUUCCCGAGGGUAGGGCACGACGCUGGUUCCGACAGUUGGUGGAAGCCAUCGAGUAUUGCCAUGACCGAGGAGUGGUUCAUAGAGAUAUCAAGUGCGAGAACCUCCUCAUGGACGGUAAUAUGAACAUCAAAGUAUCGGAUUUUGGCUUCGCGCGCUCCUACGUCAAGCAGCAGAAUGGCCAUCAAGUGCUCAGCGAGACCUUUUGCGGCAGUUAUGCGUACGCGUCGCCGGAGAUCUUGAGAGGCAUUCCCUAUCAACCGCAAUAUUCGGAUAUAUGGUCAAUGGGGGUUGUUCUUUACGCGAUGAUCUUUGGUCGACUGCCUUUCGACGACACAAAUUACACUUUACUGCUGAAGCAAGUGUCGAACAAGGUGACCUUUCCCAAAGACCCAAAAGCGUCGACGGCGUGUAAGACCCUCAUCAAUAAGAUUCUCGCACCGCUAAAAACGCGCGCCCGCAUCUCAACUAUCAAGAGCGACCCGUGGUACAACUAUUCGGGCGAGAAGCCAGGCAGCAGCCGCGAACAGAGUUCGAUUGCGGGCGAAUACAAAAUUUUCAAGUCAAACAAAACCAACACCGAGGAACUGCCCCACCAGAUCGCGGCGAUCCCCGCACGCUCUACCGACUACUACAAACCACAAGCAUAUCACUACUAGUGCCAAACAAACAACACUAUCAUAAUGGCAGUGCACAAAGGUGUAAAUCAUUUUGUUGCUCUUAGGAGUCGGAACAAUCGCAGGGCAAACUCGCAACGAUCUCCAGCAAGGAGGAAGCAGUUGCCCAACUUGUGACCAAAGAACAGCUUCGUGCAAAGGCUAAAAAACGUGAUAAGAAUGUAUACAGCACGGAUGAGGAGACUCCGAUUGGGCAGCAGUUGCCGGAUUCAUCUGAUGAAACCACCACGAGGAAUCGAAAAUAACAAAUCGCGAUAAUAAACAAUAAAACUUGAUUUUAUGCUGGAAAA